GAUUAAGACGGUUUGUUAGCCUUCUACGCAUAUAUAUUAGAGAGAGAGAGAGGAAGUUAGGUCCGAUAAUUUCUAUUCGAUUUGUUAAUGAUAUAAUAAAAUAUAAUUAACAGGGUGUUCGACUUAUUACUUGGCAUUCAAUUCAAACUUACCUGCUAAUAACCUCCUUCACCUUUUUCUCUAUAUUCUCUCUCUUCACCAUGCCACCUUUCCCCUGUGUUCUGUCUAGAUUCUCUCUCUUUGCCUGCACAGUGUAUAACACAGUACAAAAAAUGGGGUGAUGCCCAAAUUAAGGUCUGGAGCACACAGGAAAAAAAAAAGAGCAGGAAAACAAGGAGCUGUGACCGUGUCAAUGGCGUGUCAUUGAUCAAGACUCGUAACUCAUAUUUGACAUUGAUAGCGAUUUGAGGACUCUCUGAUUCAGUUUUCGUCUUGGAUUUUAUUCUGUUAAGAGGAAGGGAGACCACUCGGCUAUCUGGUAAUAGCUGAUAUGUCGGUUGCUCGGCACGCUGAUCCUACUCGCCUCUAUUCAUGGUGGUGGGACAGUCAUAUGAGCCCCAAGAAUUCAAAAUGGCUUCAAGAGAAUCUCACAGACAUGGAUUCCAAGGUCAAAACCAUGAUCAAACUCAUAGAAGAAGAUGCGGACUCCUUCGCAAGGAGGGCAGAGAUGUACUACAAAAAGCGGCCCGAGCUUAUGAAACUGGUUGAGGAAUUCUAUAGAGCAUACCGUGCUUUGGCAGAGAGAUAUGACCAUGCCACUGGUGAAUUACGCCAUGCUCAUCGUACAAUGGUGGAAAACCACAUUACCUUUGCGCUUCCUGAUGAUUCACCACAUGGGUCUCCUGCAACUGAUGUGGAACCCCAUACACCGGAUAUGCCACACCCAAUUAGGCCAUUAUUCGAUCCAGAUGACUUGCAUAAAGAAAGUGGAGGAAUUUCUUCACAUUUUCAAGGGACAAAGAGGAAUGGGCCAUUUAAUGAAGAGGGUGAUGGUGCUAUAAGAACAAAGGGGUUGAAGCAGCUUACUGAGCUCUUUGCCCCUCAUUCUGAGAAACAUGGGGUGGAAUCAGGUGAGGAUCAUGUAAAAUUUGGGGAUAGGAGGGCCAAAAAGGGACUGGUUUUUCAGGAGGAGGGGAGAAGUUUAGAGCUUAAAGUGCGAAACGGAGCACGAGACCAUGAGACAGCUGAGGUGGAAGUGAGAGAAAUGGGUACACAGUCAGAUGCUUUGAACAAGAGAAUCAGUGGUCUAGAGAGUGAGAUCUCACAAUUAUCAACAGAGAAUCAGAAUCUCAAAUCAUUGAAGCUUUCUGAAACUGAAUCUCUCGAAAGAGCUAGAGAUGAAGUUAAAAGUUUGCAAGAAGCUCUCUCUAAAUCACGAGAAGAAACAGAAAGUGCCCUUCUCCAAUGCCGCCAACAUCUAGACCUGUACAAUAGCUCCAAAGGGAGGAUAGCCAAUUUAGAGGCUGAAUUCUCUAGGGCUCAAGAAGAAAUCAGAAGGGUUAAUGACAAACUGCUCAAGGGAGUUGGGUUGUUAAAGAGCACUGAAGAAAGAUGCCUUGUCCUAGAGAAAACAGACCAGUCCUUACAUAAUGAGAUGGAUAUUUUGGUGCAGAGACUUAUGGCACAUCAAGAUGAACUAAAAGAGAAGAACUGUGAGCUCGAGAAGCUCAAGACAUAUUUGCAAGAUGAACACUUGAAGGCCAUUAAAACAGAAGAGUCUCUUCAGUCUCUGCAACAGCUGAAUAUUCAAUCACAGGAGGAGCAAAGGGUUUUGGCAAUGGAGCUCUGUGGGUUACGGCAGAAGAUGGAGAAACUUGAGGAGGAGGUUCAGUUUCGUGUGGACCAGAGGAAUGCUUUGCAGCAGGAGCUUUACUGCCUGAAAGAGGAGAGAAACGAUUUAGACAGGAGGCACCGAGGCAUAAUUGAGCAAACUGAGUCGUUGGGUUUGGACUUUGAUAAUUUGGGGCCAUCCAUUAAAGGCAUUCAAGAUGAAAAUCUCCAUUUGAAAGAGCUUUGCCAGAAAAACGAAGAAGAAAAGCAAAUGUUGACAGAAAAAUUGCAGAGUUUGGAAAAGGUUAAGGAACUUAAGCAGGUCUUGGAGAAUUCCCUAUCUGAUAAAGACAUAGAGUUGGAAGGAUUAAGAAGCAAAUUGGAGAGUCUGGAAAAGGAAAAGAAAGCAGCCCUUAAUCUGGUUGAGCAACUUGAGAACUCAUUGAAGCUGGAAAAAGAAGAACAUUUAGUGAGUAAGGAAUCAGGCCAGACCCAAUUGGUUAAUUUGGAAAACCAGAUGCUUCUUUUGCAAGAAGAAGUGAACAAGAAAAAAGCAGAGUUUGAGGAGGAAAAGGAGAAUUGUUUAAAAGCUCAGGCUGAAAUAUUGAUAUUGAAGGAUUCUGUAUCUGAUAAAGACACCGAGCUGGAAGGAUUAAGAAGCAAAUUGGAGAGUCUGGAAAAGGAAAAGAAAGCAGCCCUUAAUCUGGUUGAGCAACUUGAGAACUCAGUGAAGCUGGAAAAAGAAGAACAUUUAGUGAGUAAGGAAUCAGGCCAGACCCAACUGGCUAAUUUGGAAAACCAGAUGCUUCUUUUGCAAGAAGAAGUGAACAAGAAAAAAGCAGAGUUUGAGGAGGAAAAGGAGAAUUGUCUAAAAGCUCGGGCCGAAAUAUUGAUAUUGAAGAAUUCUGUAUCUGACCAAGACGCUGAGCUGGAAGGAUUAAGAAGCAAAUUGGAGAGUUUGGAAAAGGAAAAGCAAGCAGCCCUUAAUCUGGUCGAGCAACGUGAGAACUCAUUGAAGCUGGAAAAACAAGAACAUUUAGUGAGUAAGGCAUCAGGGCAGACCCAACUGGGUAAUUUGGAAAACCAGAUGCUUCUUUUGCAAGAUGAAGUGCACAAGAAAAAAGUGGAGUUUGAGGAGGAAAAGGAGAAUUGUCUAAAAGCUCAGGCUGAAAUUCUGAUAUUGCAGAAUUCUGUAUCUGAUAAAGACACUGAGCUGGAAGGAUUAAGAAGCAAAUUGGAGAGUGAGGAACACAAAAAGGAAGAAGCCCUUUAUCUUGUUGGGCAACUCGAGGAUUCAUUGAAUUUGGCGAGAGAAGAACACGAGACUAGUAAUCAAUUGAACCAAAUCCAAUUGGUUAAUUUGGAAAAUCAGUUACUUCACUUGCAAGAAGAAGUGAAAAAUAGAAAAUCAGAAUUAGAACAAGAAGAGGAGAUUUCUGUCAAAGCACAGAUUGAAAUCGAUGUUUUGCAUGGCUGCCUUUCUGAUUUAGAUGGAAGGUACCGAUUACUAUCUCUUGAAUGCCAUAAAUAUAUGGAGGAAUCCAAAUCAACGGGAGAAAUGGUUUCUGAAUUAAGGAAGGAAAGUCUGAGAAAGCAAAUGGAAUUGAAUUCGUUGCUUGUUGAGCAUUCUUCAGCUCUGGAUUCGAACACAAAGAUGUUAUCAGGGAUUCAAGCAUUGCGAGGAGCUCUUGAUUUACCUAAUAAUGAGAUAUUUCCAAAUAAAUUAGACAUAACAUUCCAAAAUAUGCUUGAGAAAAUAAAAGAUUUGCAGAGUUCUCUUCUCGUAGCCCAAGAUGAGAAUGAAAAGAUUUGUCUGGAGAGCUCAGUUACCUUUGCUUUUCUGGAGCAAUUACGAAUGAAGAUUUUGAAACUUUUAAUUGAAAAGAAAACCAUAGAGAGAGAAUCGGAAACCAGGUUUGAGGAACUGGGGAAGCUAAAGAAUGAGAAAUGUGAGCUCCUGGAUGUGGUGGAAGGGUUGAGGCAUCAAUUGCAAGCUGGAGAAAAUCGAGAAAGAGCAUUAGGUCUGGAAUUGGAGAAUCUAAGUAAAGAGUUAUGGUACUCCAAAGAGUAUAAUCUGGUACUAGAGAAACAGAACCAGAGCUUAGUCGAAGAAAACCAGUCUCUCAAGGCAGAUCUCUGUGACUCCAAUGUGAAGAAUCACAUGUUGGAAGAGGAAAAUGAUGCUUCAUUCUUUGAAAUUCUCAGAUUGGGUAGCCUUGCUAUGAUUUUUGAAUGCUUCAAUGCGGAUAAAUCCAUGGAGGCUUGGAAGCUCAAUGAGAAUCUGGAUUUCUGCCAUGGAAUUGAGAAGAAACUUGAAGAAGACCUGGGAGCAACUGUUAGGAAGAUGGAAUCACUUGAAAUAUAUUAUUCGAAUCAGGUCAAGAUAUUGCAGGAUGAGGCAAACACUGUCAAAGAAACAUGUGAUAAGUUGAAUCAUGAUAUUGAAAUUGGCAAAAUCCAAUUAACAGAGAGGGACAUGCAGCUUGCAGAAGUGGAUCAGAAGCUGAAUGAUUUGCAGGGUGCGAAUAACAGAGUGAUAAUGGAGUUAGAGAACAUCAAACAUGAAUUUGAUGAAGGCAAAUCAAUCAGGAAUGCAUUUGAGAAGGAGGUUUGCAUGCUAUCAAACGAGAAAAUGCUUUCUGAUAAGGAGUUGUUGAGUGUUCGUGAAGAAAAGGAUAUGUUGGAGGUGGAACUGAAUAAAUUGCAGAAACGUAUUCAGGAGUUGGAGCUCCAAGAGAAGGAUUGGAGGACUGAAUUGAAGAACAGUGAAGAAGAGAUUGAAAUGUGGGAGUUUGAGACUGCAAAUUUGUACAAGGACCUUUAUGAAUCUGUCAUUUAUGCUGGGCUACUCAAAGGAAAAGUAGAGGCUUUGGUGGGAGCAUGUCAGAACCUUGAAGAAUGUGCUUGGAGCCAGAAAACCAAGUUUGAAGAAGAGAAUGCUCUGGCAAAUUUGCAGGUUGUUGAAUUGAAUAGAAGAAUCUGUGUGCUAGACGGGGAGGCCAGUUCUUGUUUGAACUUAAUAUUGUCACUAAAGGAGGGUGUGUCCUCUCUAGAAGAUCAAGCUCUUUCUCUCGUGAAGAAUCGCAAUGCCAGCUUUGAGGUACCUCAGGAUGCUUCUUCCACUGAAUAUGAGUCAGCAGAAGAACACGAUGAGCAUAUACAAGGCCAAAUUAUGGAGUUGCAGAUGCUACUGAGUAAGAUUCAUGGCGUCGAUAAAGCUCUCAUGGAACUCAGUAGGCUGAACCAGGCAUCGAAAGAUGUGCACCAGACCAGGUCAAUAGAAAGCUCGGAUACCACUGCCAAGUUAGUUACAGAGAUUAAUGAGACAAUAAGGUCAAGAUUGAAAAGCAUCUCCGGUCGAGAAAAGACUGAGAUGGCAGUCAAGACCAAAGACAUUCCACUUGACUGUGUUUCAAAUACGUCAUCUCAUGAGAACAAUUUCACUGAUUUUAGAGUUGAGAAGAGAGAGAAUAAAGAGCGGGUUGAGAAGACCAAGAACAAUGAGGUGGAUGAUCAGAUGUUAGAAUUGUGGGAAGCAGCUGAAAGGGACAGUACCCACUCAGAAGCAAGGAGGAAGGAAUCAAAUAGCCAUGAAGCAAUAGAGAUAGAAAGAGAAAAUGUGCUUCAUCAGGCAGAUGAUUUGGAGGAAGUUAAGAGUGAGUAUGUAUCAUCAGAAUUGCACACAGAGAAAGAUGUAACCAUUGACAAAAUGGAGAUAUCCACCAAAGUGAGUGCUUAUACCAUUCAUGAAAAUAGAGAGAGUGUGAGGGACUUGCUCUGUUCUGAUGCAAGUAGGCUCACUAACCUCCGGAAUGGUGUGCAAGAACUGAAAUUUAAGCUUGAGAAUGCAAAGAGAAGUGACAAAGUUUUGGGAUUAGAAUAUGAGAAUAUGAGAGAUCAGUUGAGGGACUUGGAAUUGGCAAUCUCAAGAUCGGUUGAAGGGAACAGUAAGUUGAUGAAGACUAUGGAAGAGAGAUGUGGGUUCGAGAGUAAAAACCAUGAUGGAAGAAGCAAAAACCAAGAGGGAGAAGCUGGGGAUGAGGAAUUGAUGAGAGAGGUAGCGCAGGUUCUGCAAAAAAUAUCAGGGAGAUUGAGAAGGGGGUCAGAGAAGAUUGCUAGGAUGGAGCUUGAAGCACAGAGGAUUCGGUUCGUGGUACUGAAUUUUGAGGAUGACAUUGGAAGCAAAGGCCUCUCUGCUGCUAAUAGGAAACACAGUGUUCUUUUGCGAGACUAUCUCUAUGGUACAAGACAGAAGAACCGAUCUCGAAGGAAAGCUCCAUUUUGUGCAUGUAUUCGACCUUCUACUAAGGACUAGAGAGUUUUAGCAUGAGAGAGAGAGAGAGAGAGAGAGAGAGAGAGACGCCUGUUCUGAGAUUUGACAUUGGCCCAUAACUUUGAGAUGAGCAUCAAUUAGAGAAUGCAGGAUAUUUGUCAUUCUUAAACCAUUGUAUGUAGAGCAUAAGUGCCUUUUUCCUCUUUCUUUAUUUGUUUACUAGUUCACCUAGUGCUGGACACUUUCAUCCAUGAUUUAGAGGAACUGUAAAGCCCCAUUGAAAAGGGCCUGGUCUUUUCCACCUCAUCUUUCUAUGGCAUUUGCUCUCUCCCUAAUUUUGUCUGAAAAUUUUAGUGUGCGCAUCACUUCCUCAUUAUUGAUAUUGACUCAAAUUUUACCA